UCCCUGCGGUGAAGUUGGUCCUCACGACAGGAAUGAAUUUGUACCCGUUUAAUCUGUGAAUGAAUAAUGAAGAUUUUGGGUAACGAAGAAACGUUCAUAUCCCGACGCUAGGAGGAUAUUAGAGAAUAAACAACAACGGGUGAGCAAAAUUUCAAAGGAAAAUUGAAAGAAAUUAUCUCUACAGUAUGAAUACAACGUGUUCAAACCACCAGCAUUUAUAAAGCGAGUUUUCAUCUUUUCUGUCAGUCUUGAGCUGGUGUGCUUUUCCUCCUCCUGAUGUUCAGCUUCCUCUGGGAGGGUCAUGCUGUGGCCAGCUGCCUUUCUUUCACUUUCAUGCUUCUUCUGCACAUCUUGGAUGUGUGUAUGUCAGAGUCCUACCAUGCAGAAUGCCCAGAGAACUGCUUCUGCUCGGAGAGUGUCGACAGUGGGCUGAUGGUCCGUUGUAGCGACAUGAACUUAAUUGCGGUUCCACAUGGCCUUCCGAACAACACACGACAUCUAUACCUAGACAACAACCUGCUUCUUACCAUACCUUCUGAUUCAUUUAUAGGACUCCCACUGCUGUUCAAACUAGAUCUUUCCCACAACAGGUUGGUCCAUCUGGAGCCUGGAGCCUUUCGAGACCAAGCAGACUCGUUAAGCAGCCUGGACCUUUCCUUUAACCUACUGGAGACACUGGACCCCAAGGCGUUUGGCGACCUUAGAGCCCAGACUAACCUCUCUCAUAACCCCUGGCUGUGUGACUGCCAUCUGCAGCUGGCCAUGCCACAGCUGCUCUUAGAUCCCUCCUCCCUCGCUGAGGUGGUGUGCAACACUUCUGAACCUGAGGAGUUGGGAGCUCAAGGUAUGCUCUUCAUCCUGGUAGCGACUGAUCUUGACUUCUGCGCAGCACUCCGGAGGACCACUGACAUUGCUAUGCUAAUAACAAUGUUUGGCUGGUUUACAAUGGUUGUAUCCUAUUUAGUGUACUAUGUAAGGCACAACCAAGAAGAUGCUAUUCGCCAUCUAGAGUAUCUCAAGUCUCUCCCAAACAGGCAGGGCAGAUCUGGGGAGUCACCUGGCUGUAAUGUAAAUAAGUAAAAAAAAUACUGAAACUACUUUAAAACUUUUUUAGAAAGAUUCUUUCAUUGUGCUCAUUAAGGGGAUAGUUCACCCAAAAAUGGAAAUUCUGUCAUUCAUUACUCAUCCUCAUGUUGUUACAAAUCUGUAAGACCUUUCUUUCAUCUUCGGAACACAAAUUAAGACAUUUUUGAUGAAAUCCGAGAGCUUUCUGACCGUAGACAGCAAUACACCUGACAGGUUCAAGGCCCAGAAAGAUAGUAAGGACAUCAUUAAAAUAGUCCAUGUGGCAUCAGUGGAUCAUUCUUAAUUUUAUGAAGCUACGAGAAUAUUCUUCUGCGUCAGCAGCACCACACGCAUGCAUGGUAACGUCAUUAACAUGCGAAGACUGACAGAGAAGAAAAUAAAUUGUUGAAUGAAGUCAUUAGUUUUGUUGUCUUUGCGCACAAAAAUUAUUCUCUUAGCUUCAUAAAAUUAAGGUUGAUCCACUGAUGUCACAUUA